GUUCAACAAGUUGUGCAAGGUUUGCUCGACUCGACUCAAUAUGUCAAAGUACCAGCUCUCUGUGGCCACCAGGGCCAACCAAGCAGCAUUGCUUCCGGUGUUGCUUGUCGCAACGUCUGUCAACAAUUCGAGCCCGAUGAUCUCCAUCUCAUACGAAGAUACUGCCAUCCUCCACGAUGGGGAUAAGGCAAUCGUCCAGCUCAAAGACAGCAACGGAACCUCUGUCUUUGGAACCGGGGAGUCGCUUAAGAAAUUGCUCUCUGAUUUUGCGUUCCUACACGCCAAAGACGAGAAGCUGGAAAGCCAAUGGCUUUCCCAGCUAGAUUCCUUUACUACCCUUGACUUCAAGGCCCUCGACCCCCAACUGCAGAAGCUUGAUCGCCACCUCUUGCUUCGGUCCUUUGUUGUUGGAUACUCGCUCUCCGCUGUCGACAUUGCUCUUUGGGGUGCCAUUCGGGGCAACCGUGUGGCCGUGUCUGCUGUUAAGAAAGGCUCACUUGUCAACUUAACCCGUUGGUAUAACUUUGUUGAAGGUCUUUGCCCAUGGGUAGUUCCGGUGCAAGAAGCUCUGAACGCUUCGGUCAAGGCAAAGAUGGCAGCCAUGUCGAAGCAGGGUGCAAGCUACAAUAUCGGUCUUGAGAAUACUGAGAAUGGCGUUGUGACCAGAUUCCCGCCUGAGCCAUCUGGCUACCUCCACAUUGGACAUGCCAAGGCUGCUCUUCUUAACGACUAUUUCGCCCAUGAGAAGUAUAAAGGUACCUUGAUCGUUCGCUUUGACGAUACCAACCCUUCCAAUGAAAAGGAGGAAUUCCAGGAUGCCAUCAUUGAGGAUCUUGCACUUAUGGGCAUUAAGCCUGACAAGUCGACUUUCACCAGUGACUACUUUGAAGAGCUCUAUCAAUACUGCAUUCGGAUGAUCAAGGAUGGAAAUGCAUAUGCUGAUGAUACAGACAAGGAGACUAUGGCUGAGCAGAGAAUGAAUGGAGAGCCAAGCAAACGACGUGAUGCUUCCAUUGAGGAGAGCCUUGCUCGGUUUGAGGAAAUGAAGAAUGGCACUGGCCCCCAGUGGUGUAUCCGUGCCAAGAUCUCUGUUGAUAACCCCAACAAAGCUAUGCGUGAUCCGGUCAUCUACCGCUGCAACACUGCCCCCCAUCACCGCACUGGCACGAAGUGGAAUAUCUACCCUACCUAUGACUUCGCCUGCCCAAUUGUCGACUCCAUGGAGGGAGUUACUCAUGCCCUCAGAACAAUUGAAUACCGGGACCGCAAUCCUCAGUAUCAAUGGAUGUUAGAUGCGCUCAAGCUCCGCCCAGUCCAGGUUUGGGAUUUCGCUCGGAUGAACUUUAUCCGGACAUUGCUCUCUAAAAGAAAGCUUACAAGGUGUGUGAAUCAAGGUGUUGUCUGGGGAUGGGAUGACCCUCGAUUCCCUACCAUCAGGGGCAUCCGUAGACGUGGAAUGACCAUUCCUGCCCUACGGGAGUUCAUCCUCAAGCAAGGCCCAAGUAAGAAUGUUACAAACCUUGACUGGACUCUGUUUUGGGCAACCAACAAGAAAUAUAUCGACCCUGUCGCACCACGUCACACAGCCAUCCUCAAGGAUAACAUUGUCAAGGCCACUAUCAAGGGAGCUCCUGCUGCUCAUACUGAGGAAAAACCAAAGCAUGUCAAGAACCCUGCAGUUGGUGUGAAGAAGGUUGCAUAUAGCCCGUCAAUUGUGAUUGAGCAGGAAGACGCCAAGAGCUUUAAGCAGGAUGAAGAAAUUACACUCAUGAGUUGGGGCAACGCAAUCGUCCGGAAGAUUGAGAAGGAUUCAACUGGAAUCGUCAAGGAUAUAGAAUUCGAGCUCCAUCUGGAAGGUGAUUUCAAGAAGACUGAGAAGAAGAUUACUUGGCUAUCUACUGAGGGCCAGGAGCUGAUCCCAGUUGAGCUGGUGGACUUUGACUAUCUUCUCAACAAGGACAGUCUGCAGGAGGAUGACAAGUUGGAGGAUGUUCUGAAUAAGAAGACUGAAUUCAGGGACACCGCCGUGGCCGAUUGCAAUGUGGCGGAACUGAAGGCAGGGGAUAUCAUUCAGUUCGAGCGCAAGGGCUUCUUCCGAGUCGACCAGCCGUAUGCAGACGGGAAGCCUGCUGUCCUGUUUAACAUUCCUACUGGCAAGACCGGGAAAUAAGUUAGGAGAUGAUCCAUGACGAGUGAUGGAUACCUUCAAUAAGUCUGCCCCUUGUACGUCGAUAUGAGUAGAAUAAAAACAAAAAUGGACUCUGUUUGAUGACGGUUUAUACGAAAAGCCAGCAUAGUAGCGGAAAUCCCGG